AUGUUAUCCCGGGUGGCUUGUCAAAAAAAUGCUUUCCUCCACUUGCGGCGGACUCAGGCUAUUCGACCAUCGUUUCAUCUGCCUACAACACGUUUUCAUUCAUACUCGAAUAACCGGAACCCUCUUUUGAAAAUAUCGGGCAAUUCGAUUCACAACCGUCCACGCAAUCUGCCUCCGCAAUCAGAACGCCGCCUUGCUACAGCCGCUGACCACUCCAGCAUCGACGGGCAUUCGCCAGAGACUUACGACCAUUUUAUGCACAUGCCGUUUGAGAAUUUCGAUACAUCGUCCUUAAUCAUCCUCGACUCAACGCCACAAUCGCAAUCAAAGAUCUUCCGCAGGAGACAUGGUAUCGGCGGUGAUGAAAUGGAGAUGAAGGCCAACCUAGAGCUCUCAUUGAAGCUUGGAGAGUUCGAGCGAGCCUCUGGGUUGAUUGUUCGCCUUGGACAUUAUCACCCGCCUGGCUCGGAAGAAUACCUUCUUAUGCACAACCGUUUCAUGAAAAAGAUGGUUGCAUAUAUGAUACUCAACCGGCAGCAGGAUAUGGUUUUGCCGUUGCAGAAAUGGUUUGAAGUUGAUAUGCCCGCUGGAGGCGUCACACCAGAUGCAAUUACGUUCGCGAUCAUGAUUCGAAUGGCGCUGCGUAUGCUUCAUGGAUCGAAGCGCGACAGAACUGUCCGUCGAUACUGGGAACUUGCCCAAAACGCGGGCUUGGAGGAAGAACUUGUCGGUAUUGAGGUUCUUGAGGAUUCUGACGUUGGUGAGCUGUCUAAGAUCUGCUCCUCCGACAUGUUGGACUUGGUCUCGAAAUAUAUGAAACUCUCCGAAAAUACCGAACCGCCUUCCCUGUCUUCCGGCAUCGUCGAUGAUACACCCCAUGUUCAAGCUGCUCACCAGAAAGGAUUGGGACUGGCAUCUCUGAAACAGUCACUGUCCCUUUUCUCCGGUAAUAGUGAUGUACAGUUGCCCGAAAAUUUUACGGGCACCGAAGAAGAAGGACAAAAAUUGCUUUCAGAGUUAAGGCAAACACGACUUGAAGCUGACAGUCUUGAUUCGGCCCUCUGGCGCUGGCGUUCGGAUAAUGCUGAGAGACAAAAAUCCGGGUUGAACGUCGCUUCCGAUGAGAAAAAGCUCGCCGGAAUCAUGAGCCAAUGGCACGCGGACCUUGUGACAAGAAUCAAGAAGGAGCUUGGGCUUGUUGACGAAGCACUGUCGUCUCGCAUUGUAAGCGUCGAGCAAAAGGAGCGCUGUGAAUAUGGUGUGUAUUUGCAUUCCCUCGAUCCUGAUCGGCUAGCUGCACUCACUCUCUUGUCUGUGAUGUCGAUGUUCAGCCGCCAGGGCAUGGAUAAGGGAGUCAAACUUUCUGCCAUUGCUUCGGUAAUCGGGAAAGAGUUGCAGGAUGAACUCAUUGCCGAUGCAUAUCUGAAAAAGAACAAGGCUAUGGAUCCGAAUCGUCUCAAGGCACUGAAGCAGGUACUUUCAAACCGCAAAGACAAGCAAGGUCGACUUCGGUGGCAAUCUCUCGUUGAGAAGAUUACUGCAGAAGAUGAAUCUGUAAUUUGGGGCCCUCGCUCUCAGGUCAAAAUCGGUGCUGUUUUGAUGGGCAUGUUAGUUGAAGUCGGUAAAGUUGCUGUUUGGGCUGAGGAUCCUGUCACCAAAAAAAGGACACUCAAUAUGCAACCGGGCUUCGACCAUUCUUAUCAGAUUAACUUCGGAAAAAGAUCCGGUCAUAUCCACAUGAAUUCCAAACUUGUGGAAAUUGUUGCCAGAGAGCCACCCGCUGAGUUGUUGGCCCGCCACCUCCCCAUGGUCUGCAAACCCAAGCCAUGGACUGGGCCAAGAACUGGCGGGUAUAAGAUAUACCAGACCAACCUUGUGCGCACUACUCCCGGUGAACUACUACAACCAGCCUACCUCAAAGCCGUUUUGAAAGAUGAUGGGCUGAAAGAGAUCCGAUCCGGCCUUGAUGUUCUCGGUUCCACUGGAUGGAAAAUCAAUCAAUCGGUUUUCGACGUGAUGCUCGAAGCUUGGAAUGGCGGGCAGCCUAUAGGAAAACUUGCCCCCUUGAAUCCAGACAUACCAUCACCGGAACAACCGAGUCCAGACGCCGACUACGCAGCUCAGAAAGAGUGGCACCAAAAGAUUCGUGAAGUCGAAAACCUUCGCUCUGGAUUUCAUUCCGUUCGAUGUUUCCAGAACUUUCAACUUGAGGUAGCGAGAGCUUACCGGAAAGAGGUCUUCUACCUUCCCCACAAUAUGGAUUUCCGUGGCAGAGCUUACCCACUCCCUCCUUACAUGAAUCAGAUGGGGGCUGACAAUUCAAGAGGGUUGCUUCUUUUCGACAAGGGAAAGGCACUUGGGGUAUCUGGCAUGCGCUGGUUGAAAAUUCAGAUUGCAAAUUUGUUUGGAUUUGACAAGGCGAGCAUGUCUGAACGAGAGCAAUUCACAAUGGACAAUUUGGAUGAUGUUCUUGACUCUGCCAAUGCGGGACUCCAUGGACGACGGUGGUGGCUCCAAGCUGAGGAUCCGUGGCAGCUUUUGGCAGCGUGCUGUGAACUCCGGAACGCCUUGCAGCUUCCUGAUCCCACAAAAUAUAUCUCCCAUCUUCCAAUUCACCAAGAUGGCUCUUGCAAUGGACUUCAACACUAUGCCGCUUUGGGUGGUGACCGUGUCGGUGCCCAGCAGGUCAAUCUUGAACCAUCUGAUCGCCCUUCAGACGUCUAUACCGGUGUGUGCGAAUUUGUCAAGGAAGCCAUCGCACAGGACGCAGCCAAUGGAGACCAGCUCGCUCGUCGUCUUGAAGGCAGAGUCACCAGAAAGAUUGUGAAGCAGACGGUCAUGACUAAUGUCUACGGCGUGACGUUUUUGGGCGCGACGAGACAGGUCAAAAGGCAGCUUAUAGACUAUCUCCCUGACCUUAAUAACACAGACAGGAACACUGCAGCUUUCUACAUCGCAACAAAAAUCUUCGGCGCUCUUGGAUCCAUGUUCAACGGAGCCCAUGAGAUCCAGUAUUGGCUUGGCGAUUGUGCCCAACGCAUUACACAAUCUGUGACACCGGAGCAAAUCGAGGAGCUCACGCAAGCAGCACUAGUUCCUAAGGAAGAACGCGACGAGGGCUUUUUGACAGCCACUGAUCCGGAGAAAUCCUUCAGGUCGACUGUGAUCUGGACAACCCCGCUAGGUCUCCCAGUGGUCCAACCAUAUCGCACUCGCAAGACACGGCGUGUCGCGACUAGUUUACAAGACAUCAGUCUUGUCGAACCUGGCUUUGAUGAUGUGGUUUCAAAGCGCAAGCAGCUUCAGGCCUUCCCGCCUAAUUUCAUCCACUCCCUUGAUGCCACACACAUGAUCUUGUCUGCCAAUGCAUGCAGCGAAGCGGGUCUGACUUUUUCCGCUGUCCAUGAUUCAUUCUGGACUCAUGCUGCCGAUAUCGAUCAGAUGAACCUUAUUCUUCGAGAUGCCUUCGUUCGCAUGCAUUCCGAUGAUGUUGUCGGGCGCCUCGGCGCUGAAUUCAAAGUACGAUAUGGCAAGAACCUGUUCCUGGCCAGACUUCCUCGCACCACCCGUAUUGGUCGGGCGGUCUUCGCGCACCGUCAGAGCACUAGGAUUUCCAAACUUCAAGAGUUGAUCAACGAACACCGACGACAAACUCUUCUUAACUCGGAAGAUCCGGAGGAUCAGGCCGAGGGUCGUGCUAUGGUGACACCCUGCAGUAUCUUUGAAUCGUUGGGUGGUACAGACUGUGACCUGACUACCCACAAAACAUUGGGCAAUGAAGCAAUUGGGCACAUUCCAGAAGUCAUGCACGAUGCGAAGAUGAGAGAUUCGAUCGACACCAACGAUCCGGCCAUUGAGAGCCUGGUCGGUGACCUCGAGAUGUUUGAGUCGAAGCAGACCGCCCGUGACGAGCUCUCCCCAGAAACCCUAGAUGAUGCCCAUGGUGAGGCUUUGACCGAUCCAACCAAGAAUUCCGAUGCAUCCCAGAGUCCUACGCAGCCAAAGAAGAAACCCAAGCGCCAGUUAGCCACGUGGUUCUGGAUGCCUCUGACUUUCCGCCCAGUCCCUCAAAAGGGCGACUGGGACCUGACCCGAAUUCGCGAGAGUGAAUAUUUCUUCUCAUGA